AUGCAAAUCAAUUCGUGUUAUUUAUCGUUGCUUCUAAUGACCCUAUUUUUGUUUUCGAUGUUAAUUAUUGGCGGAGUUAUUUCCAUUGGUCUUAUUCCGAUUUAUUUACAAAAUAAUGCUGUCUUCCCAGAAACGAAAACAAGCACAAAACAAUAUGAAUUAAAUUACAUAACAAAUUUAACAAAUGUUGGAUCGUUAAACGUAUCAAAUAUUGAUGCACUGAGUUCAAAUUUAAAUACAAUAUUAGCACUUAAUCGAAUACAAAUAAUCGAUGCUGGACUUGUUAUUGUCACAAAUGGACGGAGAAAGAAACGAGAAACAAUUCAAUGUGAAAAUUCCGAGCAUCUCAAUGAUAAUGUAUUAAGAGUAAAGUUUGUCAUUGAAUAUCCUCGUGGUUGUGGAACCAUAUCGUGUCAACAACGUUCAACAAACCAUAUCAUAUUUAAUAUCAAAAAUUUAUUUCCUUCAAUUACGAUUCCAAUUCAUUUAAAUAAUAAUCAAACUAUUUUCACUUUAUUAUAUUUUUGUUCGUUUGAUCAUCAACAAACUCUAACGAUAAUUAGUUCAUGUGUAAAUCAAACGACAGCGUUAGUUUGUGGAAGUGGAAGUGCAAUUUCAAAAUGUGAAAAUACAAAACCAUGUUCGAAAGAUUCCGAUUGUAUUAGUGAUUUUUGUAGAAUAGCAGAUCAAACAUGUCAAACACCGACUUGUACGGAUAAUUAUGUAAAUCAAGAUGAAACCGAUAUUGAUUGUGGAGGACGAAUUUGUGGAAUAAAAUGUUCUUUAAAUAAAACUUGUCGAAAGGAUGGAGAUUGUACAACUGGAUUUUGUCGUUUAAAUGACAAAACAUGUCAAAUAUCAACAUGUACAGAUAAUUAUUGGAAUGGAGAUGAAACUGACGUUGAUUGUGGAGGAUCAGUUUGUUCAACGAAAUGUUCUAAUAAUAAGUCAUGUGAAGCUUCAUCAGACUGUCAAGCGGGGUUUUGUCGUUCAAAUGACAAAACAUGUCAAACACCCAGCUGUUCUGAUGGAUAUAAAAAUCAAGAUGAGACAGAUGUUGAUUGUGGUGGAUCAGUAUGUUCAACUCAAUGUAUAGAUAGUGAAACAUGCUCGCAAAAUUCUGAUUGUACUAGUGGUUAUUGUCGAUUAACAGAUCAAACAUGUCGAACUGCAACAUGUACUGACGGAUUUCAAAAUCAAGAUGAAACUGAUGUUGAUUGUGGUGGAUUGAUUUGCACAGCAACGUGUGCUCUUACAAAAUUUUGCGGAAGAAAUCCCGAUUGUACGAGUGGAUUUUGUCGAGGAACGGAUAAAACAUGUCGAGUAUCAGGAUGUUCCGAUGGAUUCCGAAAUCAAGAUGAAACAGAUAUUGAUUGUGGCGGAUCAACUUGCGGAGUUAAAUGUCCUCUCACAAAAACGUGUGGAAAAGAUGCAGAUUGUCAAAGUGGAUUUUGUAGGCCAACGGAUAAAACAUGUCAAACGGCAACUUGUUCUGAUUCAUUGAGAAAUCAAGAUGAAAGCGAUGUUGAUUGCGGCGGUACAGCAUGUACAGCUAAAUGUGCAAAUGGUUUAUCUUGCGGGAAAAAUGCUGAUUGUACAAGUGCCUUUUGUCGUGCAACAGAUAAAUCAUGUCAAACACCCAGUUGUUCUGAUGGAUACAAAAAUCAAGAUGAAACAGAUACUGAUUGUGGUGGAUCAGUUUGUUCAGCUAAAUGUCCAGAUACGAAGAGUUGUGGAAAAGAUGCAGAUUGUCAAAAUGGAUUUUGUCGACCAACGGAUAAAACAUGCCGAACUGCAACGUGUAGUGAUUCGUUACGAAAUCAAGACGAAACUGAUGUUGAUUGCGGUGGAACUAUGAAAUCCAUCGGAGUAAUUGGAGCUGGCUAUGUUGGUCUUUCAUUAGCUGUCGAAUUUGGAAAAUCUCGUCCAACAGUAGCGUAUGAUAUGAACGAAGAACGUAUUGAAAAAUUAAAAAAUGGUCAUGAUCCAAAUCUUGAAUCAUCUGAUGAUAACUUGAAAUCAUCGAAAUAUUUAAAAUUUACAACAAAUAUGGAAGACUUGCAUGAAUGUCAAAUCUUUAUUGUUGCCGUUCCAACACCCAUCGAUGAAAAUAACCGUCCUGAUUUAUUUCCAUUACAAAACGCAUCUGAAACAAUUGGAAAAAUUCUGAAAAUAAAUGAUAUUGUUAUUUAUGAAUCAACUGUUUAUCCAGGUGUAACAGAAGAUAUUUGUGUUAAGAUUCUUGAAGAAGUAAGUCAUCUGAGAUAUAAUAUUGACUUCUUUUGUGGUUAUUCACCUGAACGUAUCAAUCCCGGUGAUAAACUUCAUACACUAAGAACAAUACGAAAGAUAACAUCAGGUUCGACACCUGCCAUCGCUCAAGAAAUCGAUGCACUUUAUAAGGAAAUAAUCGAAGCAGGAACAUUUAUGGUUUCGUCGAUAAAGAUAGCUGAAGCGGCAAAACUAUUUGAAAAUUCUCAACGUGAUAUAAAUAUCGCAUUUGUAAAUGAACUUUCACGUAUAUUUAAUUUAGCUGGAAUCGAUACACAUGAAGUUUUAGAAGCAACACGAACAAAAUGGAAUUGUUUACCAUUUGAACCAGGUCUUGUUGGCGGACAUUGCAUAGCUGUUGAUCCGUAUUAUUUGAUUCAUAUGUCUUUAUCAUUAAACUACAUUCCGGAAAUGAUUCUUGCAGGUAGAAGAAUCAAUGAUACAAUGUCACAUUAUAUUUCAUCGGAAAUUGUCAAAACAAUGCUAAAAAAAGGAAUCUCUGUUAUUAAUUCAAAGAUUUUAAUUUUAGGAAUAACUUUCAAAGAAAAUUGUCCCGAUAUUCGGAAUUCAAAAAUAAUUGAUAUUAUUGAAGAUUUAGAAGAAUUUGGUUGUCAUGUCGAUGUUGUUGAUCCCUGGGCAUCGAAAAAACAUGUUUUUGAUGAAUUUGGCAUUGAGAUAAAAGAUUUGGAUAGAAAUAUCAAUUUUGAUGAUUAUCAUGGCAUUGUUAUUGGAGUUGCUCAUCAACAAUUUAAAAGCUUAGACUUUUCUUCAAUUAAAUCUUCAAAAAAAAUCAUUUAUGACAUUAAAGGAAUUUUACCUAGAGAUUGUGUUGAUGCGCGUUUAUAA